AGAACGGAGUGGUCAUACCUGAAUCUUCCACCAGUCGAAAGCAUGUCCAAGGCCGAAUCUGCUCCGCUCACGGGCCAGCCCGUGCUCUACGCGCCCGUGCCCCAGGGCGAGCCUGUGCACCAGGGCGUCUUCUGGAAGGCCGGCAUCUUCGACUGCCUCGAGAGCUUCUGCCCCAACACGCUCAUGGCGUGGUGCUGCCCGUGCGUCUCGCUCGCCCAGAUCGCGUCGCGCGUCGGCGUCUACGGCGGCUACACGCGCGUGCUCAUCGUCGCGCUCCUCCUCGUCGUCGCCAAGUUUGUCUUGAACAACCUCGACGUCAACGCCCAGGCCGAGUGGGAGGAGAGCCUCGCGCACCAGAACGAGUGGGGCCUCGACGACUUCCGCCACUGGCACUUGACGUACUUUGGCCUAUUUGCCUCGCUUGUCUCGCUCAUCUACGUCAUCUUUAUCGCGUCGGUCCGCACCAAGAUCCGUGUCAUGUUCAAGAUCCCCGGCUCGGAGUGCGAGGACUUCCUCUGCUCGUUCUGCUGCGGCUGCUGCACGAUCGCCCAGAUGUCGACCCAGGUCGGCUCGUACACGCAGGGCCAGUGCCGCUUCGGCCCCGCCGACACGCUCCCGGCCUACACGGUCUAAGCGCCUUUUCGUUGCGUUAAUCUAACGCGUUAAUCCGAUGUGAGCUUUUUAACGUA